GUCCGCCUCUUGGAGAAUGUCCUGAGAUCUCGCAGUCUCGUACGUCAACCUCCAAGACCGCAAUUAUCUUGCACAGCUAGGCACCGGCAAAGGACAGAUUCCCAGGCUAGAUUUUUGCUACUCUUGUUACACGGCACGAGUCUACACUCAUUGCCAAGCAGGACGUUGCUCACUCUCAUCUCUGUGAAACAAGCUCACUCUUAGCCGCGCAGAGGCAGUCAUCCUCUUUUGCGACUUCCAUACAACAUGUCCUUAUGAUGGCGAGCCAGCACCACCUACCUGCCUAACUACGAUUCCCACCUGCGAUACCACUUGACGAGAUAUUGACCUGCGUCCUCCUGCUUUGUCCUCCGCGGGGCUCUUUCGAGAUCAGAGUCAAACGGCCUUUAGUGUGGCCGGGGUUGUUGUGGCUGUAGUGUUCCUUUGCAGUCCAGCAGUGGCGGAGACGCCGAUAUUUCAGACAUGGAGAAGAUUGUCAAGGGAGCUACAAAGAUCAAGUUGGCCGCGCCAAAAUCGAAGUACAUUGAACCUAUCCUGUCGGCAACUAAUGGGGGCGACUCUGGUGUCGCUGAAGUCUUUCGAACCUUACAAAUACGCCUGAGAGACUCAACAUGGACCAUCGUCUUCAAGUCCCUGAUUGUGGUCCACCUCAUGAUCAGAGAAGGACAGCCAGAGGUGACACUGAGGUACUUAGCCGAUGCGCCAAAGCGAAUGGCUAUCAGCAGCUUUGCAGAGGUACAGACGCAGGGCCUCAAUAUACGAAGAUACUAUGAAUACCUCAUGGAGCGAGUUCGGGCAUACCGGGACACGAAGACGGAUUAUGUCAAGUCAGGGACAGGCAAGAUGAGGAGGUUGACAGUGGACAAAGGUCUUCUAAGACAGACGGAGAUCGUGCAAGAUCAGAUAGAAGCGUUGCUUCGAUGCGAUCUCCUGAAUACCCACGACCCGGACAACGAAAUCACGUUGACAGCCUUCCGUCUUCUGACUAUGGACCUCCUUGAACUCUUCAGAGUCAUGAACGAGGGCACUAUCAAUGUCCUGGAACAUUACUUUGAAAUGUCUCGAACGGAUGCAGAACGGGCAUUACAAAUCUACAAGACCUUCGGGAGACAGACUGAGCAAGUGGUCCAGUAUCUCAGUCUUGCGCGACAAUACGAGAUGUCAACACGACUGGAGGUUCCCAAGUUGAAACAUGCGCCAACGACUUUGACAGCCUCCUUAGAAGAGUACCUGAAUGACCCGGACUUCGAAAUGAAUCGACGGCAAUAUCUUGCACAGCAAGAGGCAAAAAGGACAGGCAAGCCUAUUCCGUCGGCAGCAACGUCGAAGGCAUUUGAGAAGCCACCCAAUGUGACAGCACAGAAUCAACCCAGAUCGCAGCCCCCGCCGCAGCAGCAACCCAAAGGACCAGCGCCUGAUCUGAUCGACUUCUUUGAGUCAAUUGAGCAGAAUCAGCAGCCCAUGGCUCAACUAAACAAUCCGCAACAGCAAUUCCAGACAGGAAUGCCACAAGCUCAGCCUUAUCAGCAGCAGCAGAUACCGAUGCAGAUGCCACAACAGACCGGAUUCAAUCCCUUCCUGCAACAACAGCAACAACAACAAUCUACAUUCCAGAAUCCAGGCUUGCCCCAACCGAGUCCGUUGCAGACAGAUCUUACCGGAGCAGGCUUCGGAGGGUAUGGACCUCAGCCGUCGCAGCAGCCACAACAUGCCUUCCAAUUCCAGUCGAACCUUUCUCCCAUUCCUCAGAAUGGACUUGCAGGUUUUCAAUCACAAGCACUUCCUUCUCCGCAGCCGAUGGGAUUGCAACCACAGCCGACUUCAACCAAUCCUUUCCGUCAGUCUAUGAUGCCAACCGGAUCUUCGCAAACCUCUUCGAUGAAUACGGGUCCAACGCGACAGUCGACCAACCCUUUUGCGAAGCACAAUACCGGUGCCGUAACCCAGAAUGGACCCGGCUUCGGUACGGGCUUCGACCAGUCGUUUUCUCCUAGUCCAAUCUCUCCGGAGCAAACCUUCACCCCUACCUCGUCAUUCGGUUCCCAACCUGCUCAGCUUCAGCCGCAACGGACUGGGACUAACCCGUUCGCCAAAAAUCGGCCAGCAACUGCUACUACGCCAGUGACUGCCAAUGUUACCGGAAGCACCAAUCCAUUCCGGCAGAGUGCAUUUGUGGAUCAGGAAACAGGGCAAGGCUGGCAACACAGCAACCAGGGGACUUUUUCAGGAUUUAAUGUCAAUAAUGUAAACACGAUGCCUGUGUUUCCGAGGCCGGGGCAUGGCUCAUGAUAGUGUCUAAUCAAUGUAAUGGUCGGUUCAUCGAAACAUGGACUCAAGUCGUUCUAGCCUAGUGUGCAGCUUGUGUACGGAAAAGUAGCAAAAGCGCAAAGCGAAAUGCGCUCGUGUCAAAUAGCCCAGUCUUCGAAUAGUCGAUUUAGGAGACUGUUGACUGCAUACUCCGGAGAGGUGCAUACGAGACCAUCAGAGAGCUAAGGUACCUAGGGUAAGUCAGUAUAUUAUUGCAGCAU